GAAACCGGGCUUAAACUUGCUUCUGAGCUUAUCCAAAUUGAUUCAGCAACUCGAGCAUUGAACGAUUUAAAAAAAUCUAGUUCAGAUUUGGCAAUGACUAAUGGAUCUUCAGCAAAAUCGAAUAAAAAAACAAUUGAG